UUGACCAAAUUUACUAUCCGCCUCAUUUGCUAUUAGACUGCAACACGUGAGCAAAGAUCCCAAAAAUCAAUACAGUCUUACAACGAAGUCCCCAUGCUUCGAAGGGAAGCGCCAGCCCUGAACUCUCUGCCUCCACGGCGGAGCAAACCUCUCUUUACCAACAAGUGGUUAUGGGAGAUCGGUUUGUUGUGGUUAUCGCUCACAGCACUGGUUGCAGUGUGUGGAAUAUGGACGGUCGCCCCAAUGUUCUAUGACUUGGAGGUAUAACACUGUGAUCUCAUGUUCAUCCAUGUUGUUUCGCGUUACGAGCUAUAUCAGCCAGCUAAGCUAGGUAUGGCUCGCCCUAGCGCAACAACCGCUCUGUGACAGUGUUCGAUUUGACGAGGCCAUUCGAAGUCCUUAUAAGAGUCUAAAACUGUUAUUCUCACAUCAUUUUCAGUGUCUCCUCAGAAAGCAAUUUAAGGUAGUCAUGCAUGACUGACUGAAGGACAGAUCUUUAGCUUUUAUCAGUGCGAUUGUUAGCAUCUUCAGCCUCGUGUUAGGUCCCUCUUUCCAGCAUAGUAUAGUGUUUUACAGCUCCCCAAUAGCAGAUACCACGGCGAUAUUUUAUGCAUCAUAUGUUUAGACCACAACGCCUUCACUAGUUUUGUCUCAGUCUCGGGAUCAGAUCUGCGUAUGCUUUCACUCUUUGGCACAUCGUUGACGAGCA